AUGCGUCAAACUAGUCCGCGUCUCGAUGCUAAAAAAGAAGGCAUUAAUACAGGAUUUGGGUCGAAAUCCUCUGCAGACACAGGCGCAGGCGCAGCUGCUGCUAUUAAAUCAUCAAAGCCUUUGUCACAGCCUGUUAAUGCAUCUGGCUCGAAGACUUUAGAAGGAACAGCCAGCAAUGCAGAACAAAACCGAUUGGACUGGAAGAUCUUUAAAGAUCUGUCAACCUACAUUUGGCCUAAAGAUGAUCGUGGUGUUAAGAUCCGUGUCGUGGCCGCAUUGGGACUGUUGGUUACCGGAAAGAUCUUGAACGUCCAGGUGCCUUUCUUUUUUAAAGAAAUUAUUGACAAGCUGAACGUUGAAUUUCCAGCCGAGGCCACUGUCCUUGGUGUCGUAGGUGCCGUUAUCUUGGGUUAUGGAUUGGCUCGGGCGGGAUCAUCCAUCUUUGGUGAACUUCGCAACGCUGUUUUUGCUGCGGUGGCUCAAAAGGCUAUCCGACGUGUUUCUGCAAACGUCUUUGAACAUCUGCAUCGCCUUGAUAUGUCGUUCCAUUUGACAAAGCAAACUGGAGGUCUUAGUCGCGCUAUCGAUCGAGGAACAAAAGGCAUUAGCUUCUUGCUCUCGUCCAUGGUUUUUCAUCUCUUACCUACUGCGCUGGAAAUCACGAUGGUCUGCAGUAUCCUAACCUAUCAGUUUGGCCCAUCCUUUGCUGCUGUUACCGCUGCGACCAUGGCGGCAUAUGCUUGGUUCACUGUUCAGACCACUGCAUGGAGGACAAAGUUCAGAAAGCAAGCCAAUGCAGCCGAUAACCAGGCUGCAACGGUCGCUGUGGAGUCUUUGCUUAAUUUCGAGUCUGUUAAGUAUUUCAACAAUGAAGGAUUCGAGUUGAAGCAAUAUGACGAGGCAUUAGCGAAUUAUGAAAAGGCAUCGCUUAAGAUUGCUUCCAGUUUGGCGUUUCUGAAUGCAGGGCAGAAUGUGAUUUUCUCAACCAGUCUGACUGCCAUGAUGUAUCUCGCUGCCCAGGGGGUUCUCGCUGGAACAAUGACCGUUGGAGAUGUGGUCAUGAUCAAUCAACUCGUAUUCCAGUUAUCGUUGCCCCUCAACUUUCUAGGAUCUGUUUAUCGUGAACUGCGUCAAGCUUUAAUCGACAUGGAGACAAUGUUCAACCUCCAGAGUGUCCAUGUUAAGGUCCAAGAUAAACCCGGCGCAAAGGCGUUACAGUUGGCCGCCAAGGGAGGAGAGCUGCGAUUCGAGGACGUUGUCUUUGGUUACCAUCCUGAUCGGCCGAUCCUGAAAGGCGUCAGUUUUGUAGUCCCUGCUGGCAAAAAGGUUGCUAUUGUUGGCCCAUCUGGCUGUGGAAAAUCAACACUCCUUCGACUUCUCUUCCGCUUCUAUGAUCCUCAGAGCGGCAAUGUGUAUAUUGAUAACCAAAAUAUUCGUGAUGUGACACUGGAUAGUUUGCGAUCCCAAAUUGGUGUGGUCCCACAGGAGACAGCGCUUUUCAACACGACGAUUAAGCGCAACAUUCACUAUGGUCGAGUGACAGCAACGGACGAAGAAGUUAUUCAGGCUGCGAAGCGUGCUCAUAUCCAUGAAGCCAUCAUGAAGUUACCUGAACAAUAUGAAACCAAAGUUGGAGAGCGCGGCUUGAUGCUAUCGGGUGGAGAGAAGCAGCGUGUGGCGCUCUCAAGAGCUAUUCUGAAAAAUUCGCCCAUCAUGUUCUUUGACGAAGCGACAUCGGCCUUGGACACUCAUACAGAACAAGGAUUGCUUGCUAAUAUCCGAUCUGUCCUUCAGGAGAAGGGCGGCACUAGCAUGUUUGUUGCUCAUCGACUGAGGACUAUUGCUGACGCAGAUGAGAUUAUUGUCUUGAAGGAUGGUCAAAUUGCGGAACGUGGUCGUCAUGAAGAGUUGCUCAAGAAGGAUGGUAUUUACCGACACAUGUGGGAUACACAGGAAGGGGAGGCAAUUUUCUAA